UCUAACUUGAAACAUAUUCUCCAUGUUUUGGCUUUUCGUGACCUUCUUGCACAUAUAAGUAUGACCUCAAACGACUCACGACGACCAAUACUUCCAAAAACACAUCUGACUCUACCUGUUGUUAGUCGCAACAAGUCUACUCCAGAAGUUGAUUCGACGCCAUUAACAAAUACGCCUUUGACUUCAUCGUCAUCAAUAUCUUCAUUUAGAACAAUUGCUCCAAAAUCAAUUCAGAAUCACUCAGUAAUUGUCACUCCUGAAGUGGUCAAGCCAUAUGAGUUUAAUCGGAAGGAUGUUGUUCACUAUUGUGAUAUUGAACUAGGUAGUCAGGAUUCCAACCCUCUUAAAAACUAUUCUGCAAUAUAUGCCUACAGUGUUGUCCACCGUAGUCACUUGAGAUUCCCUCACCAACGAGUUCUUUUACCGUCUCACACAAUUCCUCGAACUCCUAUAAAUGCGGAUACACUUCCAUCUGGACCAUCUACUUCUGGUUUCAAUGUUAAUGAAAAGGGAAGUCUACGUCCAACAGUUAAAUUUCUACUUCGCAUAGGUACAUCGCUUGUGCGUUCACAAUAUGAGUCAGCGGUUGGUCAAGAAGUAAGUUCUCGUCAGUCAUUUCUGGGUAGUCGACGUAAACGCAGACGUGUUGAUGAGGAACCAACUCGUCCAUAUGCAGGCAAAAUCAAUAUAGAAACUGUCAACGUUUCUCAUUUAGAAUGGAAACCAAAAAUGCAUCAUCCUUGUUGGGAGAAAGUAUGGAAUUAUUGUCAUCAGUCUCGUUGUCCCUAUAUUCCUACAUCUGCUUUACAAUUAUUACGACAUCUAGAACAAGGUCACCAGAAACUAGUUAAUAUUGAUUCGAUGGCGGUACCUCAAAAAACACUACCUGACAAAGUAGAUCGUAAUGAUUGUAUGCUAAAUCCAUCAGAAUUAUUGGCCAAUAAACUGAUAAGCCGAUUCUAUGUCCCACUCACUGUAAAUUUCUCCAAUUCCUCUUCAAAUGAAUCACCAUAUACAUGUUUUAUCUGUGGACAAGUGAAUAGGUCUCAGCGUUUGAUGGACUAUCAUCUCCAACGUUUACAUUCAGAAUUAACUCCUGGGCGCAUAGAAAAACCGUCAGUUAUUUUAUGCUCAAUCUGUGGCUCACCUACACAGGCUAAUUUAAUUAGAAAUUCGUCGCAUCAUGCACAUACUGAUAUUUCAAUACAUGUUUCGUGUAAAAGUAAUCCGUCAAUACACAAUAAUGCUCCAUGGUCAGGAUGUGAUGCUCAUGCAUUAGCUUGUCUUAUGCUUUAUCCUACUAUGUAUGCUCGAUUCGGUCUACCUAUUCAUGUUGCCCGUUUUCUCUAUACAUUAAUUCAACGUAUGUUAAUGGCUCGAAUAAAUGAAUUUGGUGGUUGGAGUGUUCAAACUUAUGCUUUAAGAUGUUGUGCAGCAAUAUCAGUUAUAUAUGGUGAACUUGUUGACGCAAACCUGAUUCAAUCAAAAAUACGAAUUUUAGAAUGUAGUAACGGUUUAAAAUCUGUUUUCUCAAAUGCUUCGAUUCCUUUGACUUUAACAUCUUACAAUCCAACUCCCACGCAAAUAAAUGCAUGCAAUUCUAGAAGUGUUAUUCCUAUUUCCCUAUCAACUGUAUUGGUUCCAUCAUCCUUACCUACUCGGGCAUGCUCUUCAACAUCAUCAUCACCUUGUGUAAAUCUAACAAAUCGACCAACAGUGUAUAUUUUACCUAAAUCGUCUACUGCUACUUUCAUUUCUGAUUUGUCAUCGAAACCAGUAACAAGCCCAUUAUUAUCAUCUGUUUUACUGAGUCAACCCACUACUUCUAUUACUACUCCAACUGUCGUACAGAAACGCACUCUGCCUAACGAAUCAAUGCUUCCUGUUUGUACUACAGUCAGUAAACAACCUAAUCUUUCUCUGCAUGGACAGACACAAAUCCCGGUUACGACAACAUCAUUGUCUACUGUAUCGUCAUCAUCAAAUUCAACUCUUUUAUCUUUUCUUUCUACCAGUCAAUCAAGAAGUUCUGCUCAAUCAAAACCUGUCGUACCUGUCUCUGUUGAUUUAGCUUCUGAUAAUUUAUCUCAACAACAGUCUUCGCCAAUUAACAAUGAAGAUAUUAAUACAACUCCUGUUCAGGUAGGACCUAAUGGUCAAAUCAAACGAAAUCUUGGAAAUCAACCUCGUAGCUCACCUCGAGUUAUGCCAAUGCUUGAAGUUCCGUGUGAACUGUGUUCCACCAAUAUUUCAACAAAAAUAAGUGCUCAAAUUUUUCACAUUCUUUCUCGUCAUAGAAUUAAAGGUUUACGACAUGUUCCAACGAUUCCUUGUGAUUUAUGUGGUCAGUUAUUCUGGACAAAGGCUGGUGUAAGCCGACAUCAACGUGUUAGUUGUGCAUUUUGCGGAGAUAAAACAUUGUGCAAUUCAACUUAUUAUAUACAUGAAAUUACUCAGCAUCCUGAACACUUCACCUAUCGAUUAAAUCAAAAAAUAUAUAACUGUCCGCAAUGUUGUCGUGCAUUCUCGGAUAUGAUUUCAUUUUUAGUUCAUUUACUAAAUGUGCACUUUUUCACUGUACCAGAUGAUAUAAAUAAUAAUGCAUGUAAAUUUUUAACAAAGAACAGUCUACCAAAUUGUAAUAAUUUAACAAAGAGUUCGAAAUUAAUGAAUCUCUCCACAUUAUAUUCAUCAUUAUCCAUGUCACCAGUAUCUGUGUCGUAUUCAUUACCGAACAACAUUGUUGUGUAUGCAAAGCCUACCAAUACACCAUGUUGGAAAUGUUCAGUUUGCAGUACACAUUUCAUUACUACUGGUCAUUUAGACUUACAUAUGGCUCAAGCCGGUCAUCAGUACUGGUGUCCUUUAUGUACAUAUGCAUGUGAACGAGCAAUUGCUCUUUGGAAACAUUUCUCUGGUACUCAUGAAAAAGAGCCCGAACUAAACCGACCAUCUGCAGGAAAUACGUUUUAUCGAAUUGUUGGACCGAAAUCGACUGGUGCAGCUAUCUCUUCUGCUUCAGUAACAACCACAUCAACGACAUUAUCUUCCUCCCUAAGUACAGUGACUACAGCAAAAAUUAUUACCAGUCCGCUGAAACAGGGUGGCCGACGUUGUGCUAUUGGUCACUUAUCUCAGUUUCUUGGUUGCGAUUUAUGUCCAGUAUUUUGUUUAACUAUGGACGAUUUAAAUACACACAAGAAAACAGCUCAUGCUAAUGAAAUUCCUGCAGAUAAUUCUAAUAAUAAUAAUAAUAAUAAUAAUAAUAAUAAUAAUAAUAAUAGUACAAAACAAGCUUGCCCAUCUAAUACUUCUGGCUCUACCACAACCACUUCUACAUCAACAUCAAUCACAACUGUUUCUUCUGCAUUAUCCAGUCAAUCUAAUCGAUUAACCCGUACCAAAAGUUUAUCUUCUUCAUCUUCAAAUACUUGUGAUGGUAACGUCGAUGUGGACAGUGUUUGUGAUGUUGUCGAUUCAUCCAAAGUGUCAGUGUCAAAACAUCACAAUGAGUCCGCAUUAAAUUUAACUAGAUCUGUUACCAAUCAGCAAGUUGUAUGUGAAAAGUUACUCAAUACUGCCAUUGUAGACAAUAAUAAUAAUAAUAAUAAUAAUAAUAAUAAUAAUAAUAAUAAUAAUAAUAUUGAGACAUCAUCUGCUAUUAUAGAAAGUAAUAACUUAAAUCGCCAUCAGAUAAUCGAUCAAAUCGCCAUCGACGUUGAUGAUGAUGACGACAACUGCAUUGAUGAUAAACAAGAUGAGUUUAACAAAGGAGACAAUACUACUGCUGAACAUGACAAUGUCGAUAAUGAUGUAGAUGAUGAGGAUGUUAUUUGUCCAAUGUGUGAAUUUCAUAGUAAACUACGAAGUGAUGUUAUGCAACACAUAAUGGAUUCCCAUUAAUGACUAUUCUUUAGUAUUGGUAUCAUGGUUUAUGUAUCAUCCGGUGGUUGUAUAUUUAUACUUAUAACAAAAUUUUAAUUUUUCAACUAAUUGUUCCGCUAUUUUCUUCAUAUAUAUAUAAAUAUAUAUAAAUAUAACAUUGUACAGUUGGUUUAUUGAUAAAAUUUCUUACAAAACGCUUACUCUUUCCUUGCGUUUCUAUCUAAUCGAGCCGUGAUUGAAUGGUGUAUAGUAUCAUAAUGCAUAUUAUUUAGUUUUCACUCAUCAGAGUUGUAAUUAUCAUUAUUACUGUUAUUAUUAUUAUUAUUAUUA